UCCUUGGUGGAGUGUGAAGGGGAUUGUGCUGCUGGGACCGGCUUCCCCCAGGGACAGCACUCUGCAGACCACCCAGAGGGACCUCCAGAGACCUGGCUGGGGAUGCUGGGUGUAUACUGAGCGAGUCCGUUAAAGGGCAGCUGGGGGAGGGCAGUGCCUGCCAGCAUGGUGCCCCCCUGGGCUGUAGGACUGGCACUGACUGUGUGCAGGAGAUCCCUCCACCCCUGCUCUGAUGGGCACAUGGUGCUUGGCAGCAGGGGGUGGCACAGCCUGGGUAAAAACCAUCUGGGGGCAAACUGCUCCCUACCCCAGAGAGGGGCAAACUGCUCCCUGCCCCAGAGAGGGGCACACAGCCUCCUGCCCCAGAGAGGGGCACACUGCUCCCUGCCCCAGAGAGGGGCAAACUGCUCCUUGCCCCAGAGAGGGGCAAACUGCUCCUUGCCCCAGAGAGGGGCACACUGCUCCCUGCCCCAGAGAGGGGCAAACUGCUCCAUGCCCCAGAGAGGGGCACACUGCUCCAUGCCCCAGAGAGGGGCACACUGCUCCCUGCCCCAGAGAGGGGCACACAGCUCCCUGCCCCAGAGAGGGGCACACAGCUCCCUGCCCCAGAGAAUGGCAUACAGCUCCCUGCCCCAGAGAAUGGCAUACAGCUCCAGUACUGAGAGUGCCUUCAAUGUGUUUGACAGGAAGAUGAAAAGGAAGCAGAGGAACUGGGCAGCAUGCCAGCCCAAUGCCCAGCAGUAUGACUACCUUAAGGAAGAAGUGGGCGCUCGAAUUGCAGACCGUGUAUUUGAUAUCGCCCGGGUAUUUCCUUUUGCUUUAGAUCUUGGCUGUGGAAAAGGCUAUAUUUCUAAACAUUUAAUAAAGGAAACCGUAGAAAAAUUAGUUCAAGCAGACAUGUCUGAAAAGGCUUUGAAAAACUCUGUAUCAACCGAAAUUCCAACCAAUAAUGUAAUUGUGGAUGAAGAAUUUAUUCCAUUUAAGGAUGGAACGUUUGAUAUUGUUGUAAGCAGCUUAAGUUUGCACUGGGUGAAUGAUCUACCACGGACAUUUCACGAGAUACAUCGUGUCCUAAAGGAAGAUGGCGUAUUUAUUGGUGCCAUGUUUGGGGGCGAGACACUGUAUGAGCUCCGCUGCUCGUUGCAACUGGCAGAAAUCGAGAGAGAGGGAGGAUUUUCACCUCAUGUCUCUCCAUUCACAGCCGUCACCGACUUGGGAAAUCUUUUAAGAGCAUCUGGCUUUAACAUGCUGACCGUGGACACUGAUGAAAUCCAAGUUCACUAUCCUGGAAUGUUUGAAGUCAUGCAAGAUUUGCAAGGUAUGGGGGAGAGCAGCUGCUCGUGGAACAGAAGAUCUUUGCUUCACCGAGAUUCAAUGAUAGCUGCUGCAGCUAUUUAUCAAGAAAUGUAUGGCGAGAAGGAUGGGACUGUCCCAGCAACAUUUGAGAUCUUUUAUAUGAUUGGAUGGAAACCACAUGAAUCACAGGCCAAGCCAGCAAAGAGAGGAUCUGCAUCAGCGUCAUUUGCUGAUCUGGGAAGAGUAAAUGAAAUUAUCUCGAAUAUAAAGGGAAAAGAAAACUGAACUCCGCUGCAAUUGCUCUUUGUUCUAUAUUUUAUUUAAAAAAAAAAAAAAAAAAAGUAUACUGUGUAUUUUGUAAUAAUUAGAAUAAAUAUAUAGAAAACGCAAGCCAAAA